CUUGAAAAAAAUAAUACAUUCAUUAACACUUAAAAUGUCUACUUCUGAAGCUGAAGUUGACAUAAGCGUCGUCUCAAGCCCGGAACCAAGUCCGACAGGCUGUGGUAAUGAGCGUGAUAGCCCUAUGCGUUGCAUAUCUCCAGCUCCAUCAGCCGGUAGCGCGCCAACAUCAACUACUUCAACACCAACAACAGCAGCUGGAACACCUACUUCGAAUGCUAACUAUCAUAGUCCAACUGCUGCGUUAAGUGCUGUACCGCCGACGGUAUUGCAUCAUCAUUUGCAACAUCAUCUAAAUAGCUUAAGUGGGCAUCCAGUGGCCUUACAUCAUGCUUUGCAUACCUUUGGUCAUCUUCACCCAGGACAUCCUGCUCACCCAGCACAUCAGCAAUUGCUACAGCAUGCAGUUACACCGACGGCGGUAACACAAUUAGCUGCGGUUACGGAACGUUUUAGUCCACCGGCUAUGGCUGCUAUGGCACCUAAAUCACCAGCACACAAUGGUGAUGAGGUCACUUCGUUGGUGCAUAAUAAUAACAAUAAACUGAUUAGUAACAAUAACAGUGAUAGUAACGGCAGUAGUCAGAAUUUAGCAAAUUCAAAUGGUAAUAAUGGUAAUGAAAGCAAUAAGGUUACCACUGGUAACGGUUUCACCAGCUUUUCCAUAUCGAGUAUUCUAAGUCGAAAUGAACCAGCAAAGAAAUGUGCAAAUAAUAAUAAUGUGGCUACUCUUAUUACACCAAUACCACAUCUGCCACAACCAGGCAGUGGUGGUCCACAGGAUGCUGCUAUGCUUUCAAGAUUGGGUUUCAUUUCACAAUGGGGCGCUUUAGCCGGUCGUUAUGCUGCGCUUUGUCCUCCAGGUUGGCCGUGGGCGCCACAACGUAUGCCUUUUCAUAGUCCUACUCAUGAUAGUUCCUCGACAAACACAACAGAGAAUCCCUCAUCGCCCACAUCGUUGAGUCCCAAUCAUAGCAGCAACAAUAAUCAUAACAAUGGCGCAAAAUCACCCUCUCCACUCGGUUAUCACAAUUCACAACAGCAUCCACAUCUUCCACAUCCACAUCAAUCUUCAACACCGACUAGUAGCAGCGGUCAUACACACAAUCAUCAAUCAACACACUCCAAUUCAAGCUACAUGCUGCCAACAAGUUCGAAUGAAUCUGAUGAUGAAGGUGAAGAAAUAAUCGAAGAGGAUGAUGGUACUGAUGGUCCUUCAGAUAGUUCUUCACCACAUGGUGACUCAAAUCAAACUAAACGUAAAAAGAAAACAAGAACAGUUUUCUCACGUGCCCAAGUAUUUCAACUUGAGUCCACAUUUGAUUUGAAACGCUACCUUAGCUCAUCGGAACGUGCCGGUUUAGCGGCAUCCCUACGUCUCACAGAGACGCAAGUAAAAAUCUGGUUUCAAAAUCGUCGCAACAAAUGGAAACGUCAGCUGGCUGCUGAACUUGAAGCAGCAAAUAUGGCAAAUAUGGCGCAUGCGGCUCAACGUUUAGUGCGUGUGCCGGUCUUGUAUCAUGAUGGUACGGCAUCUGGUUUUGUGCCACCACCACCGCCACAUCAUCAUCCCAUGCAGUAUUAUGCUGCCGCUGCAGCACGCAACACAAGCCCACCACGUCCACCGCUGCCUUCAUUAGUAUAGGGCGUGGGGUGUUUGGCGGCAGCUGCUGGCUCAGCGUCGCUAUUAAGUACUACAUCACCAACACGUUACUUGCGUCCAGCUAGUGAUGUGGAUUCCGAUAUAGAUGAACCGGCAAUCGAUGUGGAGGCUGAUGAAGAUGAAGAUGAAGAGCGUAACGAAACUCAUCAUUUGCUCAACAACAACAAACAUUCACCGAAACCCUUGCUAACUGCUGCACAUUGUGAUUUCCACAAUAACAGUGGAAGCUGUUUGGAACGUCUCAGUGCUGCUGCUAAUGUACACAUAAAUGCUGGCUGCGAUAUAGUUAAUGUCAGCAUUGAUAAAUCGAUAACCCAUAAAGCUUAUUAAGCGGAAGUGUUGAGUAUGCAAAGCAAAACGAAGAGUUAAUAGUUGCUGUAAGGAGUUGCGUGCAUUCCUUACUCAAUGGACUGUUGGAAUGUUUGGAACAGUCGUAGCGAGGUUUGCUAAAAUUUUUGUUGUGCUCCCAGAAGUGUUGUAAAUUUUUAUUGAAUUGUAAACUGUAAACAGAAAGCGUAAAGUGGUUUCAAAUACAAAGAAUAAAAUUUCAUGUAUGCACAAUUCUCUGGAGAAGUUCAAAUGCAUAUAAAA